UGUUUGCACUUUGUUCCUUGUUUUGAAGGGAGAAGAGAGAAUCUGUGUUGUUCACUCUGAGCCAUAACACUGUAGCCAUAGAGAAACUAAGAAAAGACCAAAGAAGAAAUUUGAGUGUUCCUGCUGCGAAAACAAACGCAAAAACCUUAACUUAAUUCUCCUUAAAAUCAAACAUAUCCAACAAACUUAGUAUAUAGUUACAUACACAGAAAAAAAAGCUAAAUCACUGUCUUUCUCUAUCAUGCUCCAUAAUAACAUCACAAUUAUACACACCCUUUCUUUUUUCCUCUCGUUUUAUCGUGACUCCACACACUCUUCUCUGCCUAACUUGUGUUGAGGAGCUUCAGUUGUGUUUGUUUGUUUGCUUGGUUUUGUGUUUCUAUGGCUGAGGGUUUUGAGGCUUACCAUGUGCCACAGCAAAGCAGAAGAGAUAAGCUAAGAGUCGUGGUGACACAGAACCAACAUGGUCUCGUUGAACCCUCCACUUUGCUUCCUUUGUACGACCCUUCUUCGUUCAUAUCUUCUGAUUUGCUAACGAGCUUCCACAACAGCCACAAACACAACUUGGGUUGUGGCGUGAAGGAAGAACGUGCAAAUUUGAUGAUGGGUUUUGCAGGCAGAGGAGGUGAAGGUGGAGGAGUCAUGAACAAUGGCUCUUCUUCUUCUUUGUGUUGUUCUUCUAACUCCUCUUCGGUUUCUUAUUUGGAUCCUGAAUCCUCGUUGCCUCUGAACCAAGCUACAAUUCAGGUCAUUAACAACAACAACAUGUUUCUUUACCAAGCACAGAACCUGGGAGAGUUUGACCAGGGUUAUAAUAAUAAUAAUGGUAGUGAGAUCAUGGUGUUUAAGCCUGAGCCUUUGUCUUUGUCUCUCUCAUCACAUAGCAACGGUGUGAAUCUUCAGCGAUAUGGAUCUGUGGUUUGUGGUGAUAAGGUUUGUGGGGUUGGUGGCGGUGGUGGAUGUGUGGUUUAUGGUGGUUCUGGAUUGAAUGAAGCUUCUAGGUGCACGGUGCCUAUGGGGCCAUUUACUGGUUAUGCUUCUAUAUUGAAGGGAUCGAGGUUCCUGAAACCUGCACAGCAAUUAUUGGAAGAGUUAUGUGAUGUUGGUGGAGUCUGUGCUGAAAAGAUGGUGGCUGAUGCAUCAUUGAUGGAACCUGUUCCUCUUCCUCCUCCUGAAAAUUCAAGUGAAGAUCUACUUGGGGAUCACGGGGGUGACCAUGGUCGGAAAAAGUCAAGACUGUUAACUAUGCUUGACGAGGUUUACAGGAGGUACAGGCAAUACUAUCAGCAGAUGCACGCAGUAGUAACAUCAUUUGAGUAUGUUUCAGGCCUUCGCAAUGCAGCUCCUUAUGCAAGUUUGGCAAUAAAAGCCAUGUCCAAACAUUUUAGAUGCUUGAAGAAUGCAAUUACUGACCAACUUCAGUUUGCCAAUAAAGCUCAUUUUCACAUCAGCAACAGGAAGGAUGAAUCUUCAAGGUUUGGCAACAGUGAUAGAGGCCCUUACAGCCAAAGGCCAGGGUUUCUUGAGCACCAACCUGUUUGGCGGCCUCAAAGAGGACUCCCCGAGCGUGCUGUGUCUGUUCUCAGAGCAUGGUUGUUUGAGCACUUUUUGCAUCCUUAUCCUACUGAUACAGACAAGCUAAUGUUGGCUAAACAAACUGGUCUUUCUCGUAGCCAGGUGUCUAAUUGGUUCAUUAAUGCAAGAGUAAGGCUCUGGAAACCAAUGGUGGAAGAAAUACAUAUGCUAGAAACACGGCAGGCUCAAAAUUUAAAGAAUUCACAGAAGGAAGAACAUUGCAGGAACAAGUCAAGUGACAAUUACGAUAACUCCAUUGUUUCUGAGAAUCCAUCUGGCUCAACAGAAAAGUUUCAGGGUCCUCCUUACAAGCGAGCUACAGACGAACUUACCAACAUACCAGUUCGGACUCAGGAACAACUGAAUCUUCCCUGCACAAGCAAUCAGCCAGGGGGUGUUGAAGUGAGCAUGGGUGGCAGUGCAAGCAAUAGUGUGUCACUCACACUAGGACUUCAUCAAAAUCAUGGCAUUGGUUUGGCUGAACCUUUUAGCCUGAAUGCAGCACAGCGAUUUGGUGUUGCUCUUGAAACCAACAAUGAAGGCUAUGUGAUGAGUGGAUAUGAGUCACAGAAUAGGCAUUUUGGAAGAGAUGUCAUUGGAGGACAACUGGUGCAUGAUUUUGUUGGCUGAAGGUCUUCAAUGUCUAAUAACUUCCAUGGAAUUUUCAUUUGAUUAGGGUGAUAUACAAACAUGUUUCUGUUGUGCUUUCAUGAAUUAUCCAAAGUUGGAAGAAGGAUUGGAAUGUUGCCCUUUGUGGUUAUACUGGCAUUGAUGAAUGAGCCUUCCAGUUAUGGAGAGCUGAUUAACAGAUUAACUGGUCUUUCUAUUGAACUCACUUGUAUGAAGGUUGUAAAAUUAUUGUGUAAAUUCAUUUGAGGUUAUUACUGGGAGUAAAUCCAAAUGCUCUUGCUUUCUAAGCUGUUUGUAAGCUUUUCCGUUUUAGAUUUUCAUCCAAACCAGGUAAGUGGAUUUCAAUUUGUAAUACUUAAAAAUCCUGUUAGUUAUAUUUGGGUCUUUAUACUGUAAACGUAGCUCCUAUAUAACUUGCAAUC